GAGAAGCUGACGUUUCACUACAGCGUCAUAGGACGUGGUGUGGUUCAAAACUUGUUUUGCUAGUUGACCAGUUGACGAAUCAGUUUAUAUUCAUGCACUACCGUCCUGAAUUAAUCUAUCGUUAGAUUUUCUAUAAUAUCUUCGUAAUGGAUAAAGCUAGCCGAAAAUUCACUACCAGGACGUUGGGUGAUCAGGAGCAGCUGGACUAUACUCCAAUUCUGUUAGCCAUCCUCGUUAUACUUUUUACCCUCCUGCUUCUAUUCAUAUGGAAAAAGAAAAGAACCACCCGAUCGGAUGUUUUGCUUGCGGGACUAUGUGAUUCGGGCAAAACGUUGCUUUUUUCGCAUCUGAUUUUGGGCGAAGCCAAAGAAACAUUUACCUCGAUCAAGGAAAACGUGGGCUAUUUGACGAACUCCAAUGGGGAACUGCGUAUCGUUGAUAUUCCCGGCCAUGAACGACUACGUGGGAAAUUUUUCGACCAGUACAAGAAUUUGAGCAAAGCCAUCGUUUUCGUUAUCGACAGCGUGACGGUUCAGAAGGAUAUCCGGGAUGUUGCCGACUUUCUGUAUACAAUUCUGGCAGACAAGGCGAUCGCCAAUCUGCCGGUAGUGAUUUUGUGCAACAAACAGGACGAGGAUCUUGCCAAGGGUGAUGCUGUAAUCAAAAGUAUGCUCGAGAAGGAAAUUAAUGUGGUCCGACAAACGCGAACUAGUCAACUUCAAUCUGUAGACCCGCAAAGCUCAGAUGCGGUGUUUUUGGGACGAUCGGACAAAGAUUUUGACUUCAGCCAGGUGUCACAAAAUGUCAAAUUUGUGCUCUGCUCCGCAAGCGACAAUCAGAUGGACGAUUUGAAUGUGUUUCUGGAUACUUUGUAAGAUUUAAGUUUUAUGUUGUGUCAUGUUCAGCCAAUAUUUGAUAAGGGUAGGGAUUCUUCUCUAAGUAAUUUGUUUUGGCCACUCUCAUCUCUUCAUUAGGUCAGUGAGUGUUCUGUCAGCGUUGCGAAUAAACUUACGAACUUACAA